UACAUUAAUGGUUGCCCCCAUAAGCGGACACGCUUACAAUGUCCUGACUGUCAAGUAUACGUAUUUCACGGGAUGUUGCAUAAGUAUAGUGAAACGUAACACCUGUCAGGACUAAAGAGGUUAUGGUUCCUAUGCUGUCUUGAAGACACUAGGUGGUUUAGGAGUUCUGAAGGGUGACAUGGCUCACCAGAAAAAAACACAGCACAGAGGAAAAGGCAAAGCUUUGUACAAACAUGACCGUUCAAGACAGAGACAGAAAAAGAUGGAGGACCCCGAGUUCCUGGCGGAUAUGUCGCAGGCUUUGGAAGAAGCUGAAGACGGUAAAUUCCCCUUCAGCCUUUCCAUGUGGGACUUAGAACAAUGUGAUCCAAAAAAGUGUAGUGGUCGGAAACUUGGUCGUCUGGGAUAUGUUAAAACACUAAGUCUUAAACAAAAAUUUAAUGGCUUAAUUCUGUCACCGAUGGGAAAGAAGUGUGUCUCUGCAGAAGACAGAAAUAUCAUUGGGAGUUACGGGCUGGCAGUCGUUGACUGCUCCUGGGCAAAGCUUGAAGAAACGCCUUUUGAUAAAAUGAAGGGAGGAUACCCGCGCCUAUUACCGUACCUCAUCGCGACUAACCCUAUCAACUACGGCAAGCCAUGUACACUGUCGUGUGUGGAGGCCUACGCAGCAGCUCUGUAUAUCACAGGUUUUAAGGAAUUAGGUGAGGUGUUGCUUGGAAAGUUUAAGUGGGGCGGCUCUUUCUACAAAGUGAACGAGGAAGUGCUGUCUUUAUAUGCCGCAUGUAAAGAUGGCGCCGCAGUAGUGCUCGCCCAGCAGGAUUAUUUGGACCGGAUACAAGAAGAGCGAACCUCACAACACAAUAUAGAUAUGACAGACUUAGAUAUGGACUUAGACGGAUACAAUCCAAACCGCCCCCUUCACCAGUGGCCCAGUGACAGCUCGGAGGAGGAGGAAGGUGAGGAGGAGGAGGAGGAGGAGGAGGAGGAGGAGGACAAUGACGAAGAGGAGGAGGAAAAAACCGAAGAAAACAAAGAAGAAAAUAAUAAAAUUGAAAACCUAAGUGAUGCUGAUGUUGAUGAUAGAGACAGUAACCCAGAUACUGAGGUUGUCCGUUCCCUACAGAAAGAUGAGAAACCAGAAAGUACCACAGAGGAAAAAUGUGAAAGUGCUUGUGACUUACAAAGUAUAGAUCAGAAAGUUUAAAAUGUGAAUGUGCCUUUAGUGUCUGAAAAUAUAUACAGAUGUGUUCAAUAUUGAUAAUGUGUCGGACAAAAUGUCUGUGCAUCUUGAAUACAACAGCAGUAUAAGUGUAUUUUGCUGAAAACAUUAUUAAAUGCAUGUAAAAGUCA